AUGUCAGGAACCCAGUCAGCACCACCUCCAGCCCUCCCGCAGUUGACGGCCGAGCAGCACAUUCCUAUUCCGUCCUCCGAUAAAGACUCGCAGCGCCUGAUCGUUGUCCUCUCCAAUGCCAGUCUCGAGACCUACAAGGCCAGCUUCGGUGGCAAUAGACCAGGUGGACAAAGAGAGGAGAAGUACAGUCUCCUCAAUUCAGACGAACAUAUUGGCGUCAUGAGGAAGAUGAAUCGCGAUAUUAGCGAUGCCCGACCAGAUAUUACUCACCAGUGUCUACUCACCCUUCUCGACUCUCCAAUCAACAAGGCAGGCAAACUUCAGAUCUACAUCCACACUGCCAAGGGUGUCCUCAUCGAAGUCAGCCCAACCGUUCGCAUCCCACGUACCUUCAAGCGAUUCGCUGGUCUCAUGGUCCAACUCCUCCACCGCCUCUCCAUUCGAUCUGUCAACUCUCAAGAGAAGCUGCUGAAGGUCAUUCCGAACCCAAUCUCUGAUCAUUUACCGCCAAAUUGCCGCAAGAUCACACUAAGCUUCGAUGCCCCACUGGUACGAGUUCGGGAAUACGUGGAGAACUUAAAUGAGAAGGAGAGCAUCUGCGUGUUUGUCGGGGCUAUGGCCAAGGGCACGGAUAACUUUGCAGACGAAUACGUGGACGAGAAGAUCGCCAUCAGCAACUACAGCCUUUCCGCCAGUGUGGCAUGCAGCAAAUUCUGCCACGCCGCAGAAGAUGUAUGGGGCAUCGUCUAG